AUGUUUCCGGAAGACAUGGAGAGCUCGCACAACUACUUCACGCGUUCAUACCGCGCGCAUGCACAGGGAGGACAAUCUAGCGACUCGCCCGACAACAAUGGCUCUUACUCGGCCAGUUCCAGCUCGCAUGCACAAUACUCAGCGGCAGGCUCUAAGCCCGACCGCAGUGCACGCUUUCACCCGCAAGACCCCACAAACGCCUACGACGACGCCGGUUCUCACGUCCUUGCCAGCCCUCCUCUCACGCGCGAACCAUCAAAUCGAAGUAGCAGCACGGCAUUCCGGGACCGCACCUUCAGACGUCUCAACAACAAGAACAAUCGCCGCAGGGGCCGAGCUAGCUCCGUGCCAGAAGAUCAGGCUCGUCUGAGUAGCGAGUAUUUCGAGAACAAUCUGCAGCCUUCUCUUUUUGCGGGCAUAGACGCUGCCGACUACCCAACGAGUGAUGAAGGCCAAGGCGGUCCCUCAAGUAGCUUUCAACUACUUCCUUCGCAGCAUCGCCCUACAAUUGCGCUUGCACCUCCACAGGCUUCUUUCUCAGUCACACUUGACGCUGCCGACCUCGAGGACUUCGAGGCGCAACCCAUGUUUACGAGGGAUCCUGCUAGCGAAGGCUGGCACGAAAUAGGGAUAGACGCAGAGCUCCAUGACAAUCUUGACGCAACCCCGAAUGUUUGGAGGAGGAUUAAUCUACACAGAGCCCUGUCACACUCUUCGGUGGACGACGCGAUGAGGAAAGGGAAGUUUGAACCCUCAAAACCGAAACAUGCGAAAGAAAAGUUUGAGAGUCUCGACAGUAAGGAUGUCGUGGCCACGUUAAGCAGUCAGGAGGCUGUUGCUGUCAUGAUGUACCGGAAUACGUCUGCUGAUCCACUGGCAAACGAUGUCUGGCCUGAACUGCGAGAUUCUAGCAAAUUACCGGCGCGAUAUCAUCGUGUCGACAGAGCACUGAAAAAACAGCCAGGUCCUAAACCACGUCGGCGCCCAGCAAAACUAUUGAAGACCCAUCAGUCUGCCGACGUGACUACAACACAUCCGCGGCACACAUCAUCUGGCCGACCGCGCUGGCUGCUCCCUGUGGAAUUAGUCGAGAUGAUCGCAAGCUACCUCAACCGCGACGACAUCAAGUCAUUGCGCUUAGUCAGUCGCGAAUUGAACCAGAAUGUCUCGCAAGCCUUGUUCAAAACCGUGGUGGUCCCGUUCAACACAGAAAUCUAUGGUAUGUUAGGACAAGAGCAAGAUUUAGAUAUCAAGGGCAAGAAGAAAGCAGGUACUUCCAACUUCCAUUGGAAGAACGCUAACGGCGAUGAUGUUUAUAAUGGCCACGGUCUGGACGUCUUCCGCGGCUUUGGAGCACAUAUCAUAAGGUAUGGCAUGAGUUUUGAGGUUAGCGAGGUCGCCCUAGCAAAGCCACCCUCGAAAAUCCUCACGGAGCAGCAUGAGAGCUUCUGGGGCACGUUCCACUGGCCUUUUGUGGAGUAUAGACGUUUUGAAGACGUUGCGGGUCUAGAGUCAGCGGCUGAUGAGACUCCCCGUAUGAAGACCGCCUUUUCUGAGCUUGCCAAAGUUCAAGAGUUAGCACUUUCCGUCGAUGCUGGUCUUGGCUGGCUAAAUGGACCUGAUCGAUCGAUCCGUGCCCGCAUUCUUGAGCGGCUUCCUGAAGUGUUUGGGACACUUAAAGAAAUCCCUGAUCGUCGCACAUACGCACAGCGGGAGCUGUGGGAGCAUAUCGAAGCUUGUCACGCAGCGGCAGAGAGCGAUCUGAGUCUGGCGACAUUAUACAAGCUCGAGGCAAUCCGACCUCCGUCUGACACUCAAGUCGCCGAUCUAGCCUUGGAGCAGCAGCCUGAGAUACCAUACGUUGAGCCUCGCAUCGUUUUUGAGGCACUCCCGCAUGACACAACGGACCUACUAGUGCCGAUGUCUUUCGAUGACCCUGAGGUACUGGACCGAUUCGUGGCACCUCAGGCACCUUCAAGCUCCGGAAUCCUCUACACUUCCAAGAUCCAACCAAUAGAUGCCGGGCAGCUUAUCAGUCCAGUCAUUCCCUCUACCCUUACAAAAGCGCAGAAAGAGUGGUUAAUGGAAACAGAAUGGGCCCAAAGAGCCUUUAUAUCAUCAUAUAUGCUCUCAAUCAUCGACAACCCUAAGACAUUCCAUCUAGUCCACACUCUGAAUAUCUCACGUUUGUCCGACCGGUACAUCUCUUUGCUCAAUCGACAAGACUUCUGGUCCGCGUUGCCAAAUCUAGAGAAGGUCACUUUGAUGGUCUUACCGUGCUGGCGAGCCAUCACAAAAGACGAUGCAGGGGUUGUGGAUACUCCUAAGAUCAAUCCUUCUUCCGAGAUUGACUCAUUAAUAGCACUGUUGAAGCGGAUAGUCAACGAUCGGCCCAAGGUCCACACCCUGACCAUCGGAUGGGCAACUGGUGGCGAGCAUGCCGAGGGCGUGCAUGCCAGAAAUAAGCUGCUUCAGCCUGCCCCAUUGCUUGGUACCGACAUGAUUACGAACCAGACUGCCGCAGCGCUACGGAUGGCACUGGUGCAGUUUCCCUAUGUGGAGCGCCUCACUCUCAAGAAUUGCUGGGUCACACCGCUUCUUGUACAAGAGUUUGUCAGAAUACACGACAAUCUCAACUUGAAGCACCUAGUACUCGAUUCAGUCUCUCUGACUGGUGUAUUGAGACCCCAACAGAACAUAGCUGUAGCUGCACAACAAGCCAACAACCUCGGCGGGAACCCUUGGGUACCAGGACUUGCACAAGCUCAAGCAUUGCAUGCACAUGCUUUGGGAGUGCAAGGCAAUGGUCAAGGACAGCAACACAAUGUGCUGAACCCAUUGCAAUUUUUCCAAGCCCAGUUCCAGUUGUUGCAAAUCCAGCUACACCAAUUGCAGAACGUACCCGGCGGUAACCCAGUUCAGAUGCAUGCGCUUCAGGCUCAAUUGCAGCACCUUGCAACACAUGGUCCAGGACAGCUAAACAAUGGGAACAAUGGGAACGCUAACCAGCUCCAUGUUCAACCCCCUCUAAUGAAUACUAUACAGCAGAUUCUCCAGAAUCAUGGUCAGGUGCAGGGACAGCCUGUGCCGCAAGCGCCUGUGGCCGCUGCUGGUGCACCGUCCGCUACAAACAACCAAACCCUUUUAACGACUCGACCGCGGGAGGGUUCGUGGGUAGAUGUUAUUGACGUUAUCACGCCGGGCCCAAAUCUCAAGGAUUUUGGUUCCGAACAUUCCCAAGCAGACGAAGAACGAACCACCUCCCUGAAGAGUAUAGAGUUUGUUUCCUGUGGAUAUGCACGUCUGCCGUACUCGUCGUUCGAGCAGGGCAACCUUGAAGAUCUCAAUGGAGCUGGUAGACGACGCACCGACCCUGUCUUCACCAAACGCGCCCAGACGCUUUUGCCAUCCAUGCUGAGUGCGAAGUGGCCUCUACUCGGCGAGAUUGUACAAGAAUCAAGUGCUGAGGAGCUGGCCACGUUGUAUGCAGCGUGGAACCUGGAGGCAGGCUGGAAAGACGCAGAUUUGGCGAAAGCACCGCAGUUUGAUGGCCUGCUGCCCGGUGGAACGGGUAGAUUCACGGGCACUGUGCGUGCAGAUGACCGACUUACUUACGAAGAGGCGACUGCUAGUUAG